AUGGCGACUGCUGGAGUGAUCCAGUGGAAGGAAAAUUUAUUAUUACAGUUAAAAUGCCGAAACAAAAGACAGAAACAACCUUUCGAAGGAUUGAUUCAAUCACAUAACAAGUUAUUUGAAAAUGCUACAUCUCUGAAAUCCAAGAAUGUCCACCUUACUCUAGAGACUGAGAAACUGAAAGAAGAAAACCUUAGCUUGCAAAUCAAAGUAGAGAGUGGAGGCGGUAGUGGGGGAGGUAAUGCUGGGGAUAAGAAUUCCAACCUUGAACACAAGCUUUACAAACUACAAGAGGAGCUUACAGAACUUCACAGGAAAAGGAGUGAGAAUGCUCAACAAAUUAUAGACUUGAAUACUGCACUCCAGGAAAAGGAGAAAGAACUCCAGGCCAAAGACAACAGACUGAGUGAUGCAACAGCGACUGAACUUGCCAUGAAGAAUGCCAUUAAAAAUCUAGAACACACAAUAAUGGAGCUGGAGGCAACUAAUCAGAUGUUGAAGGAUGAACACCAGGCAUUACAGCUUGCAUUCACUGCUCUAGAAGAGAAGUACCGUAAAGCACAGGAAGAUAAUCGUGAAUUGGUGGAGCGCUGGAUGGACCAGAAAUCUAAAGACGCAGACAAACUUAAUGCCGAAAAUGACUAUGUCAUGAGGAGGCGACAAGCCAAACUUCAAAAAGAUUUAGCAGAAGCUGCUAGAGAGAAUGUCAGUAUAACUGAUGGAGCAAAAACAGCUGUGAUGGGCACUCGUAUAUGUCUCCAAGCCUCAUUGCCAGACAAAGCUCAAUAUAAAUUUGAUGCCCAUGAUGGAGAAGUGAAUGCUAUACAGUGGAGUCCAUCAGGGGCUAAAUUUGCUACAGGUGGCACAGACAGGAAGAUCAAACUUUGGGAGGUGAUGGCUGGUAAAUGUGAAAGUAAAGGGUUUCUCAUGGGCAGUAAUCAAGGAAUCACUUCGUUAGACUUCGACCUUGAGGAGACGUUGAUACUUGGAGCAUCUAACGAUUUUGCCAGUCGGGUGUGGUCACUAAAUGACCAGCGUCUCAGACACACACUGACAGGACACAGUGGAAAGGUACUGGCAGCCAAAUUUCUCGGAGAUUCCAGUAAGGUGGUCUCAGGAAGCCAUGACCGGACUCUGAAAAUUUGGGAUUUACACAGUCGAGCUUGUAAGCCAAACAUUCUUGUUAGACUGAAAUCCGAAAAAAACCGCAGUUCAUUGCUGUGCAGCACACGUGAUGACACAUUGAAGGUGAUUGAUCUUCGGAUGAACCAAGUCUCAAAAACUUUAUAUGCGGAUGACUUCAAAGUUGGCUGUGACUGGGCAAGAGCUGUAUUUAGUCCUGAUGGCAGCUACGCCCUGGCUGGAUCUAAUGACGGUGCCCUGUUCAUUUGGAACCUGGCUAAGAGUAAAGUGGAGAAAGUACUCAAAGAGCACAAUCAUGCUGUGAUUGCUUGUUCCUGGCAUCCAGUUGGAUCGUAUGUACUGAGUGGAGAAAGACAGAAGAAAGUUGUGUUAUGGUCCGAUCUUUAAAAGUUGUGUUAUGGUCCGAUCUUCAAAUGACUCAUUCCAGACAACAGGGCAAAACACAGACUGAAAGACUAUAUUCUGAGAGAAUAUCAAAUUACAAAUUAAAUUAAGAACUGAAUGUGAUUAAAAUGUGAUACUAUU